UCAUCCUGCGCGCGCCGACGUGUGUGCUCGGCCUGCAGGCUAUCUGCGCUCCGAUUGGCUGGCGCCUCUGGAACCGAUUUGAAACUUGGCGGUUAAACCUCCAGUUGGAACAGGGCGCCUGGAGACCGGGAAAGACCGGGGAAAGGGACGUUUAGUUGGAGACGGUGCUGAGCUAGGAUGAUGAAGGAAGAGGUGAAGGGAAUUCCUGUAAGGGUGGCACUGCGUUGUCGCCCUCUAGUCCCUAAAGAGAUUAGCGAGGGCUGUCAGAUGUGCCUUUCCUUCGUGCCGGGGGAGCCUCAGGUGGUCGUUGGUACUGAUAAAUCCUUUACCUAUGAUUUUGUGUUUGACCCCUCCACUGAACAAGAAGAGGUCUUCAAUACAGCAGUAGCACCACUCAUAAAAGGCAUUUUUAAAGGAUACAAUGCAACUGUCCUGGCCUAUGGGCAGACUGGCUCUGGAAAAACCUAUUCAAUGGGAGGUGCAUACACUGCAGAGCAAGAAAAUGAACCAACAGUUGGGGUCAUUCCUAGGGUAAUACAACUGCUAUUUAAAGAAAUUGAUAAAAAGAGUGACUUUGAAUUUACUCUGAAAGUAUCUUACUUGGAGAUUUACAAUGAAGAAAUUUUGGAUCUUCUAUGCCCUUCUCGUGAGAAAGCCUCUCAAAUAAAUAUCCGGGAAGAUCCGAAAGAAGGCAUAAAGAUUGUGGGACUCACUGAGAAGACUGUUCUAGUUGCCUUGGAUACUGUUUCCUGUUUGGAGCAGGGCAACAACUGUAGGACUGUGGCAUCCACAGCUAUGAACUCCCAGUCAUCCCGAUCUCAUGCCAUCUUUACAAUUUCCAUAGAGCAAAGAAAGAAAAAUGACAAGAAUAGCAGCUUCCGCUCCAAGCUGCAUCUUGUAGACCUUGCUGGAUCAGAAAGACAGAAAAAAACCAAGGCUGAAGGAGAUCGUCUAAAAGAGGGUAUAAAUAUUAAUCGAGGCCUCUUGUGCUUGGGAAAUGUAAUCAGUGCUCUCGGUGAUGACAAAAAGGGUGGUUUUGUGCCCUACAGAGAUUCCAAGUUGACUCGACUUCUUCAAGAUUCUCUAGGAGGUAAUAGCCACACUCUUAUGAUAGCCUGUGUGAGUCCUGCUGACUCCAAUCUAGAGGAAACAUUAAAUACCCUUCGCUACGCUGACAGAGCAAGAAAAAUCAAGAACAAACCUAUAAUUAAUAUUGAUCCCCAGACAGCUGAACUUAAUCAUCUUAAGCAACAGGUACAACAACUACAGGUCUUGUUGCUACAAGCCCAUGGGGGCACCCUGCCUAGAUCUAUAAAUGUGGAACCAUCAGAGAAUCUACAAUCCCUGAUGGAGAAGAAUCAGUCCCUGACUGAUGAGAAUGAAAAAUUAAGUCGUGGUUUGAGUGAGGCAGCUGGUCAGACAGCCCAAAUGUUGGAGAGGAUCAUUUUGACAGAGCAAGCAAAUGAAAAAAUGAAUGCCAAACUAGAGGAGCUCAGGCAACAUGCAGCCUGCAAACUGGAUCUUCAAAAGCUAGUGGAGACUUUGGAAGACCAGGAAUUAAAAGAAAAUGUAGAGAUAAUUCGUAAUCUCCAACAAGUGAUUACCCAGCUAUCGGAUGAAACUGUUGCUUGCAUGACUGCAGCCAUUGAUACUGCUGUGGAACCAGAAACUCAAGUUGAAACCAGUCCAGAAACCAGCAGGUCUUCAGAUGCUUUCACCACUCAACAUGCUCUACGUCAAGCUCAGAUGUCGAAGGAGCUGAUUGAGUUGAAUAAAGCCCUUGCACUGAAAGAGGCCCUAGCUAAGAAGAUGACUCAGAAUGACAGCCAAUUACAGCCCAUUCAGUUCCAGUACCAGGAUAACAUAAAAAAUCUGGAAUUGGAAGUCAUCAGUCUGCAAAAGGAAAAGGAAGAAUUGGUUCUUGAACUUCAGACAGCAAAGAAGGAUGUCAACCAAGCUAAGUUGAGUGAGCGUCGCCGCAAACGUCUCCAGGAGCUGGAGAAUCAAAUAGCUGAUUUGAAGAAGAAACUAAAUGAACAAUCCAAACUUCUGAAACUGAAGGAAUCCACAGAGCAUACUGUCUCCAAACUGAACCAAGAGAUACGGAUGAUGAAAAACCAGCGAGUACAGUUAAUGCGUCAGAUGAAAGAGGAUGCUGAGAAGUUUAGACAGUGGAAACAACAAAAAGACAAAGAAGUAAUCCAGUUAAAAGAACGAGACCGUAAGAGGCAAUAUGAACUGCUCAAACUUGAAAGAAACUUCCAGAAACAGUCCAAUGUGCUCAGACGUAAAACUGAGGAGGCAGCAGCUGCCAACAAGCGUCUUAAGGAUGCUCUCCAAAAGCAGCGAGAGGUUGCAGAUAAGCGGAAAGAGACUCAGAGCCGUGGAAUGGAAGGUGUUGCAGCUCGAGUGAAGAAUUGGCUUGGAAAUGAAAUUGAGGUUAUGGUCAGUACUGAGGAAGCCAAACGCCAUCUAAAUGACCUUCUUGAAGAUAGAAAGAUCCUAGCUCAGGAUGUGGCUCAACUCAAAGAAAAAAAGGAAUCUGGGGAGAAUCCUCCUCUUAAACUCCGGAGGCGCACAUUUUCACUUGCUGAAACACGUGGUCAAGUUUCAGAGUCAGAGGAUUCUAUUACAAAGCAGAUUGAAAGUCUGGAGACUGAAAUGGAACUCAGGAGCGCUCAGAUUGCUGACCUACAGCAGAAGCUACUGGAUGCUGAAAGUGAAGACAGGCCAAAACAACGUUGGGAGAAUAUUGCUACAAUUCUGGAAGCCAAGUGUGCCUUGAAAUAUUUAACUGGAGAGCUGGUCUCCUCCAAAAUACAGGUCAGCAAGCUUGAAAGCAGCCUGAAACAGAGCAAGGCCAGCUGUGUGGACAUGCAGAAGAUGCUGUAUGAGGAACGAAAUCGUUUUGCCGAGAUAGAGACAGAGUUACAAGCUGAGCUGGUCAGAAUGGAGCAACAGCACCAAGAGAAGGUGCUGUACCUUCUUAGCCAGCUACAGCAAAGCCAAGUGGCAGAGAAGCAGCUGGAGGAGUCAAUUAGUGAAAAGGAGCAGCAGCUGCUGAGCACACUGAAGUGUCAGGAUGAAGAACUGAAGAAGAUGCAAGAAGUAUGUGAGCAAAAUCAGCAGCUUCUCCAAGAGAAUGAACUCAUGAAGCAGAAACUGACCCUCCUCCAAGUAGCCAGCAGAACAAAACCUCAUCUUCCUAAGGAUAACCUUCUAUCUCCAGACUCUUCCUUUGAAUAUAUCCCACCCAAGCCAAAACCUUCCCGUGUUAAAGAAAAAUUUAUAGAGCAAAGCAUGGACAUCAAGGAUCUAAAUAUUAUCCGUGAACAUGAGGAAGGUGAUGGUGAUGGUGAUGGUGAUGGUGAUGGUGAAGAUGAAGACGAUGAAGAAUGGAAGCCAGCAAAAUUAGUUAAGGUGUCCAAGAAGAACACCCAAGGGUGUUCUUGCAAGGGAUGGUGUGGAAACAAGCAAUGUGGGUGCAGGAAGCAAAAGUCAGACUGUGGCAUAGCCUGUAGCUGUGACCCCACAAAGUGUCGGAACCGCCAGCAAGGCCAGCCAAAUUUAGAAUAUGCCCGUCUGGCUGAUUCUCAGGAUAGCUUGGGCACUGUUGAACGGACCCAGGAUUCCGAAGGCUCCUUCAAACUGGAGGAUCCCACAGAGGUGACCCCAGGAUUGAGCUUCUUCAACCCCGUCUGUGCCACUCCCAACAGCAAGAUUUUGAAAGAGAUGUAUGAUGUGGAGCAGGUGCUACUAAAGAAGGUUACUCCAAUUAUACCCUCCUUGGACCUCCCAGAACUGAAACAUACAGCAACAGAAGCCCGAGAAAAUAAGGCUCCAGGGAAGAAAAAGAAGCGAGCUCUGGCCAGCAAUACCAGCUUCUUCUCUGGUUGCUCCCCUAUUGAAGAAGAUGCCCACUGAAGCUGAAGUCACCAUUUCUACCCCGUCUGCCUUAGAAGACAUUUUCAGGUUGCAGCCAACAGGGGUUUUCUAAUGACUUCUCUGGAUUUCAGAUUUCUUGCUAUUAAGAAAAGAGACAGAGUGAUACUAAAGGGAAGGGGAAGUUUGUUGAAUGUUGACCCUUAGUCUCCAGCCCCUUCCCAGACGACUACUCUUUCUUCUCCAAAAGGUGCUGAGCCACCUACUGAAGAGAAAACCAACUGACCUUCCAAUGACUCAUCAGGAACCAGUCCUCAGCACAGUCUAGCUUUUUAUUUUUUUUUAAUUUGUGAGCAGUUAUAUCUGUCUCCUGAUGGAGAUGAGGCCAAGGCUUUCCCCUAUAAAUUGUCUCAGCUUAAUGGAGGAGCCUGGCCCAGGAUGGAGGCUUGGCUCAAACUCUUUACCCCACCUCAAGAAUGGGCGGGGAUCUUUAUUGCCCUGAGUAUGGAUUUUAAGUAUUUUAACAGGACCCUUAAUUGUCUUCCAUGUUACUUAAGUAAAUAAAAUAUUUUUAAAUGUUAAAUAAAUAAAUAAAUAAAAUUUAGCCCAUCUACUGUUUGGGAAGAUCCUUUGGUGCUAGAUAGAGAAACAAAAUUCAACCUGUGUUCCCUAGCCCCUAGGAAAGCUGUAAGGAUAUUGAUUAAAAGUUCCUGAUGGGACUGAGGCUGUAGCUCAGUGGUAGAGCGCCUGCCUCACAUGUGUGAGACACUGGGUUCAAUCCUUGGCAACACAUAAAAAUAAAUAGAUAAAGAUAUUGUGUCCAUCUACAACUAAAAGUAUAUUUUUUUAAAAAGUUCCUGAACCUACCUUUUGGGGGAAGUUGCUUACCACUUUUUUUCUUUUUUACAGUGCUAGGGAAUGGAACCUAGGGCCUCACAUGUGCUAAGCAUGAACUCUACCACUGUGUUACACCACCAGCCCACCCUGUCUUUUUGUAUAGCUACUCUCUUUCUCAGAGGAGAGUAUAGGUUAUCAUAUUUUAUCUUAUGUUGCUUUGCUACCCUAAGAAACUCAAAUAACAGUAGCAAGGCCAGUGGCCAGACCUCCACUCUAAAAUCUGCCUGCCUCCAGAUCUGGGAAGAAGGAACUACAUUUAUUAAGCGUCUCCAUGUUCCUGCCAUAAUUUUACUUACUCCUCACAAAAAAAUGCUUAUUUUGCUGAUGAGGAAACAGUGUGUUAGUCAGCUUUACAGCAGAGAUAAUCAGUUUCUGAAGAGAAUAGGUUUAUUUUAGCUUAUAGUUUCAGAGGUUCUACUACAUAGUUUGUUGGUCCUAUUUACUUUGGGGCCUGGAAUGAGGCAGCAUAUCAUGGUAGAAGCAUAUGGUGAAGCAAAACUGCUCACCUCAUGGCCAGAAUGCAAACAAGCGGAAGAAGCUGGGGUCCCACUGUCCCCUUCAAGGGCAUAUUCCCAAUGAACUGAGCACCUUCCACUAGGCCCCACCUCUUAAAGGUUCCACACCUUCCCAAAGAGUGCCACAGGUUGAGAAGCAAGUUUUUAACACAUGAGCCUUUGAGAAACAUUCCAGGUCCAAAGUAUAGCACUGAUGUACAAAGAAGUUAGUUAGGUAACUUAUCUAGAAUCAUAAAGUUUGGAAUAAUAAAGC